CUUUAGAGAUAUUUUCCACUUGGCUGAGCGCCAAGGAACACAACACAGCCAGAAAGUGUUUGGGUGUGGGGUGUGUACAAAACUAUUUUAUUUCAGUGCAAAUCUCCAAAAACACCAGAAGCAGCACAUGGGAGAUAUACCCUUUAGAAGCAGUGUGGACAGGGCUUCCCUUAUGAAGAGCUGCAGAUUCCCUAUGUCAGGGAAGACCUUUAUCCAUGAGGAAGUUGAGAAGGACUUCCUGGACAGCUCUGGAUAUCUCCAGGAACAGGCCACUCACACCAUGGAGAAGCCAAACAAAAUCACCCAGUGCGGGGAUACUUUACAAAGCAGAAAAAGUCAUGACACCUGGGAAGAAUGCAAGAAACCCUUCAGCCCCAAAAACACACUUGUUCAGGACCAGGGGGUCCAUACUAGAAGACACUGUUACAUGUGCCGUGAAUGUGGGAAAAUAUUUAGGUACAAAUCCUCAUUUGUUGUUCACCGGAGAGUCCACACUGGAAGAAGGCUUCAUGUGUGUGGAGAAUGUGGCAAGUCUUUUAGGCAAAGCUCAACCUUCAGUCAGCAUCAAAAAAUUCAUUCUGGAGCAAGGCAGUGCAAGUGCAGCAAAUGUGGACGAUCCUUUAACCAAAAAUCUCUCCUUAUUUAUCCCUGGAGAACUCACACUGGAGAAAAUUAUUACUUGUGCAGUGAAUGUGCACAGUCUUUUAGCCAUAGAUCCACCCUUAUUCGACAACAAACAGUUCACACUGGAGAAAGGCGUUAUCAGUGCACACAGUGUAGGAAAUCUUUUAGAAGAAAAUUUUACCUUAUUGUACACUGGAGAGUUCACACUGGAAAAUGGCCUUAUGAAUGCAGUGAAUGUGGGAAAUCUUUCACCAAUAGCUCAGUACUCUUUCUCCACCGGAGAGUACAUACAGGACAGAGGCCUUUUCAGUGCAGUAAAUGUGGGAAAUCUUUUAGCAAUACUUCAAUACUCAUUCUACAUCGGAGAGUACAUACAGGAAAAAGGCCUUAUGAGUGCAGUGAAUGUUGGAAAUCUUUUAGCCACCCAUCUUACCUCACUCAACACCAGAGAAUACAUAGUGUAAAAAGGUCUUAUAUGUGUAAUGAAUGUGGGAAAUCUUUUAUCUCUCGCCCUGGCCUCCGUUAUCAUCAGAGAGUUCACAAUGGAUCAAGGCCUUAUGAGUGUAGUGAAUGUGGGAAGUGUUUUACCUCUCGCCCUGGCCUCCGUUAUCAUCAGAGAGUUCAUGCUGGGAAAAGACCUUAUGAGUGCAGUGAAUGUGGAAAGUGUUUUAUCUCUAGCUCCCAACUCCAUUAUCAUCAGAGAGUUCACACUGGAGAAAGACCUUAUCAGUGUAGUGAAUGUGGUGAAUGUUUCAUCUCUAGCUCCAAACUCCAUUAUCAUCAGAUAGUUCACACUGGAGAAAGGCCUUAUCAGUGCAGCGAAUGUGGAAAAUCUUUUUCAUCUGGUUCCAACCUUAGUAAUCACCAGAGAGUUCACACAGGAGAAAGGCCUUAUGAGUGUGGUGAAUGUGGGAAAUCGUUUAUCCAAAGAUACCACCUUGUUAUACACCAGAGAGUUCACACAGGAGAGAGGCCUUAUGAGUGCAGUGAAUGUGGGAAAUCUUUUUCAUCUGGUUCCAACCUCAGUAAUCACCAGAGAGUUCACACAGGAGAAAGACCUUAUGAGUGCAAUGAAUGUGGGAAAUCCUUUAUCCAAAGAUAUCACCUUCUUAUACACCAGCGAGUUCACACAGGAGAAAGGCCUUAUGAGUGCAGUGAAUGUGGGAAAUCUUUCACCACUAGGAGGACUCUCCGUUAUCAUCAGGAAGUUCACACUGGAGAAAGGCCUUUUGAGUGCAGUGAAUGUGGGAAAUCUUUUACCUCUAGUUCUACCCUCCGUGAUCAUCAAAGAGUUCACACAAGCAAAAGGCCAUAUGUAUGCACUGAAUGUGGGAAAUCUUUUAGAGGAAAUUCUUACCUUAUUGAACACUGGAGAGUUCACACUGGAGAAAAGCCUUAUACAUGUAGUGUAUGUGGGAAAUCUUUUUCGUCUAGCUCUGGCCUUCGUUAUCAUCAGAGUGUUCACACCGGGUCAAGGCCUUAUGAGUGUAGUGAAUGUGAGAAAUCUUUUCCCAAGAGCUCAGCACUCAUUCAGCAUCAGAGAGUUCACACAGGAGAAAGGCCUUAUGAGUGUGGUGAAUGUGGGAAAUCCUUUAGGCAAAUCUCUGCACUCCGUCAACAUCAGAGAAUUCACACUGGAGAAAGGCCUUAUGAGUGCAGUGAAUGUGGGAAAUCUUUUACCCAAAGCUCUGCACUCCGUCAACAUCAGAGACUUCACAUUGGACCAAAGUCUUAUGAGUGAUGCCACUGUGGGAAACUCUUUAGCUAAAGCUCUGUGUUCCUUCAAUAUUAAUAGUUCACAUUGCAUCAAGGUUUUUUGAGUGCAGUGAAUGUAGGAGAUCCUUUACCCAAAGAAUUGCCCUUAUUGUACACUGGUGAACUCACAAAGGAGAAAAACUUUAUUAGUGCAGUGAAUGUGCAAAAUCCUCUACCUCUAGCUCCGCCCUGCAUUAUCAUCACAAACUUACAGAAGGCCUUGUGAGUGCAGUAAAUGUGAGAAGUCUUACCUCUAGCUCUGCCCUCUAUUGUCAUCAGAAUUUUCACACAGGAGAAAAGCCUUUUGAAUGCAGUGAAUUGGGAAAUCCUUUAGGGAUAGUUCCCAGUUGAAUCAAUACCAGAGAAUUCACACUGGAGAAAAGCCUUAUGAGUGUAGUCAUUGUGGGAAAUCUUUUACCUCUAGUUCCACCCUCCAAUGUCUUCAGAGAAUUCACAAGAGAAAGGCCUUAUGAGUCCGGGGAAUGUGAGAAUUCCUUCGUCCAAAGGAUUUACGUCAUUAGACAUCAUACUGUUCGCAUUGGAAAAAGGCCUUAGAUGUACAAGGGAAUGUGCAAUUUCUUUGUUCAAUGUAAUCAUACUAGAAGAAACCUUGAGGAGUCACCUGUCUGGAUUCGAUCUCUUACAUCCACUUGUCCACAGUGGGGUGAUUCCACAUAGUUUCAGUUAUGUGGGAAGCAUGUGUAGCUAUGUUGCACUUUAUAACUUGCUCAGGGCUCUUUCAAGAUUUAUGUCACUGCCAUUUUCUAUUGUUGAAGCCAUUUCAUCUCUACCACCUGGCAGGUCCACUCAGUGUGCAUCAGUCACCACCCCACUGUGCUCAGGGAAGCUGACCUCUGUUCUCUCGUGUCUUGAAGUAAAUCAGGAGUAGCCUGAGCCCUUAGGGGUCUGUAUUCUGUUCUUUCUAACUAGUUUGGGCAAGGACCUGAGCCAGUGUUGAUCUAGACAAUAUCAAAUGAGUUUGGCUGGCAACUUGCAGAGGACAACUGUUUUCAGAAAUGUGUUGUUCUCACAUUGAUGAAUUUUUCCAGCUUCCAAGUCGCUAAGCCAAAGUGUGCUGCACGUUGCUUUGGUUUGUAUAAUAUGAAUGCCUUGCUCAUUAAGUCCUUUUUCAUUUAGGGUGUCCUGUUUACUGUGUGGGGUAUUUUAUAAACAGGUUUGGGCUCCAAAAGUGUGAAGGGCGCACAAUUUUUAUAGUGGUCUCAAACUUUCUGUGCCUCAAGAGUAUGUAGUAUAAUGGCAAAAAAGAACUCGCCAGUUUGGGCAAAAUUUGCAUUGCUGCCAACAAACCAGGAACCAUUACAGGGCUUUGUGGUCAUCAUUGGAAGCCUGGAUGCUAUGAGUUUUAGGAGAUUCAGAUCAUCCUGAGGAAGAAUCAGAUGUGACAAUCUCACGUUCUUCUUGGAGCAGCAUGAAUGUUUUCCACUAUUCACUGGGGAUUUCAGCAUUGUUGACUUUCUUCCCCAGGUCCUGCAAAGAACCAUGUCCCCUGAUGUCCCCAAUUCCAUGGGUGGCAGUCAGUGGUUGUAAGACCACUGGGGUCAGGGGAAACCAUAAGUGCUACUGAAAUUACACUGGAUUAGUAGGGAUUUGAGGAGACUGCAGCCAACUAGAUGGAAUGUGCCUCCUCUAAAAGUGCAUCCAGAAAUGUUUCUGUGACAGUGACUGUGCAGGCUCAGUUUGUACACAAAUCUCAGGACCUCCAGGUUUGUUUAUCUUGUGUAGCUGCAGUCAUUAUCAGAGAAAAUAAUCAAAAGAUCUUGGAGAUUCCUGUAGUCUCUGAGUGAUGUUCACCUCAAGGCCAUUGCUGCACAGGCAGGAAAAGAAAGAGAAUUGUAGUCCAGAGAUGUGACCUAGCCGGCAUUCUUGUGGACUCCAAUGGAAAUAUCCUUUGUUACUAGCCAGUAUUUGCUGCCACUGAGGCAAGAGUGACUCCCAGAGAACAUGAGAAGAAAGAUGAUGGAGUGAAUAUAGGAUUGCCAAGCCUGUUUUCCAAAAAGAACAGGCAAUAAAGAAUUUUUUAUCUUGAACCAUUUUAAGUUUUAUUAAGGUAUAGUUUACAUGUAAUAAAUUGCACGUACUUAAUGUAUAGUAUUUAAUAAGUUUUGACAUACAUAUGAACCUGUGAUAACAUCAUCAGUCAUGGUAAUGACCAUAUCUGUCACUGUGUAUUUGCCUCAUAUACUUCAGUCUCUUUCCCUGUCCUUCACUGCCCUCCAAAUAACCAUUGAUUUACUUUCGCUUAUUAUAGGUACCUUUGCAUUUUCUGGAAUGUGUGUCAUUGGAAUCAUUAAAUCUUUACAUUUUUUUUUCUGAUUUCUUUUAUGUUGCAUAAUUACUUUGAGAUUCAUCAAUAAUAUAAGUAGCUCAACUUUCUUUGUCUUUUUUUUGCUAUCUUUGGAUAUACAACUAUUAGUUUAUCCAUUCAUCUCUUAAUGGACAUUUAGAUUGUUACCAGUGUUUUGACUGUUGUAAAUAAAGCCUGUACAAGCGUGAACAAUACUUUAUAUGGAUAUAUGUUUCGUUUGUCUUUUGUCAAUAACUUAGGGUGUAAUGUUUGACACUCAGAAUAUAGGUGUUAACUUUUGAAGAAACUAACAAAUUGUGAUCUAAAAUGAUUGUACCUUUUUUCAUUCUUACCAGCAGGGUAUGAGAGUUCCAUUUCUCCACAUUGUAGCAAAUACGUGGCUUGGCUUAUUUUUAAUUUAGCGCUUUUAAUUGGUUUUGUAGUGCUGUCUCACUUUGUUUUAAUUGCAUUUCCCUAAGGAUUCCUGAUGAGCAGUUUUUCAGAUGUUUAUUCGCUAUCUGUAUGUCUUUGGUAAAAUAUCUGCUCGUAACUUUUCUAUUCUUUUGUAAACUUUGGCUAUUUUCCUUUUCUUUCACAAACAGGAUAAUGAAGCAAGAAAGAUGUAUAUUGGAAUUUCACUCAUUCUUGAAUACAUGAGUGACUUCUUUGCUUAGUGGGUUAAUUGUUUUCAAUACUGAAAGAAUAUAUCUUAAUUUUUUUCAAAUUUUUGGUGCUAUGAACAAUGUAAUGGACACGUAUACCAUAUACUUUUAAGAUUAAUCUGCAUUAUUAACAUCAUUCCUCUGUUUCUUAAGUCCAGACGUUCUGUAAUACAGUAAUGUCUUGCCUUGUAGCGUUUUCUCAUUUUCCUGUAAUUGGUGGGUUGCAGCAGAUUGGGGACAAGUUGGCAUCAGGAUGGCCUGAUGGGGAGGGAAAGCCCAGUGGGCAGGGAAAAAGGAGGUGGUGAUCAGACUCCCCAAGUGGCUGGAGUUUGAAUCUCAGGUUCCUGACCACCACUAGAGCUCACAGUGACUCUCCUUUAGGCCUCAGUUUCUUCCUGUAUAAAAUGAGGAUUAGGGAUGACCCUGCCCCUGGACCAUUGGAAGAGGUGAAGAGCUCAGGCACCCAUUCUUCAUUGCACAGCAGCUGCACCUGUGACCUACACCUGCAUGCAGUGACAAUCCGAGGGAAAGGCACCCCUCUGCCACCAGCAGGCAGGAGGGGGCUACAGGGUACUGAGGUUUCAGCGUGGGUUCCCCACCAGGGACUCUAGGUGAUUUCACUAGAGCUCCUGGAGGGCAGGUCACUGACUGUGACAUACAGGUGGUGAUGGCAUUUUCUGUUAGUUCACAACAACCUUGGGAGCUUCUUGGGUGUAAUCUGAAAUCAGCCCCAGUACAUGGAGGACAGGGCGAGACUGAAGAAACAGGCAGACCACUCCACAUUGGUAGGUGGCAGUUUUAGUGAGCAAGGGAACUUACAAUGCUUGUCUUGGGUGGCUACAAGACAAGUAGUUUUCCACAUCCACCUGCGAAAUAUUAAAAGUGUAUAUAGAGGGCCUAACUGGAUUCAGUCACAUAUAUUGUACAGAUGGAUUCAACAACACAUUUCUAUCUCGAGGCUGUGUCCUUGGAUCAGCUUCUGGGAGUGGGGAAGGCAAGCAGAAUGCACAUUCCAAAGAUGGGAGGGGGUGAGGAGACUUCAGUUGCCUGGAAACCACUUGCAGGUCACCUGGGUUUUGUGUCUUCUUGAUGACCUCCUCCAACAAAUUCUUAUAACAGACUGGGGAAGGGGGAAUUAUUAUCGUAUUGCUGUGGAAAACUAGUAUCAGAGAAAUGAAGUGGGUUCUCCAGGUUCACACAGAUGACAAGUGUCAGAUUCAAGAGGCUGGAUUCAUACCCCUGAGUCUUAUGUCCAGAGCUGAGUAGGUUAAUCCCUCUACCUCAGCAUGUGAAGCACUCAGCUGAGGGCGGACACAUGGUGAGGACCAAGGCUCAGCUGCUGCUACUGUUUUCAUUGUUGCAAUUAUUGUCAUGAUCAUUUCCCCUCAUUCUUCUGAUGUCCCGGAGUGUUUACUUCUGCCCCCAAAUUCUCAAGGGAACGCCAGUGAUGGUGUUUCUCCAGUGGCUUCACCCAUGGGAGGCUUUUCUUUCAGCCACGAUUAUGUUAUGAUCAAAGGCCACGUCCUCCUUCCCUUUGGGCCCAGCACAGAGCUCAGGCAUUCUGUAUGUGUAGGUGAUACUGGAGACCUGUGGGCUCCUGGUCUCACUGGGUAAGGACUCCCCUCUUCAUGCGGGGAUCCACAGCUUCCUUGAUUCUGCCCUCAAUACAGGCUUGGCUAGUCGAGAAGAACAAUGGAGCUCACCUUGUCUCCUCCCUCUAGCUCUCACCGUGUUCUAGACCCAGUCUCACUAUGUCUGAAUCAGGGAUCUUUGGGUAGAAACAUUGUCUUUCUAAACACGAACCCUCACCCCAGUGCCCAGCACAUUUGGGUCUCGUUGAGGCCCUCAAGUGUAGUGCUUACACGCUGUCUGGUGUUCCUAAGCACAAGGCUGUGAUGUGCCUUAGAAAGAACAUGGGUGUGUUAGAUAAGCUUUGUUCGGGCAUGAGUUACAGUGCUUCGGCUGCAAGUCCUGUGUUAAUCAAUGCAGCAAAUAAGGUGUGUUUAAAUAGACAUAUACAUGAAACGAUGUUAUGUAUUGAUCACUUGACAAAAAUGUUAUAACCAGAGGCUCUCAGGAAACUAAACAUGUAUCUCCUCUAGGAGCAAUGGUUUUGUGUGCACAAAUUCAGUACUACAAACACUGAAUUAGUGCAUACAAAACCACUGCUUUAGAAAUCAUAACUACCAUGAAUAAGAGUGGCUUUAGAAAACAUAGCUACUGUGAAUAAUGAGAAGCAACUGUACUUGAGUAAAGCUGUUAAAAAAGCAAAGGCGAUUUUCAACAUUUGUGUCUUCCCAAUUAUUUCGCCAUGCUUUGCUAUUGCGCAUGUUCUUGAGGUUAUUUAUGACUGCUGAAUCCGUCUGUUGGAACAGAAUGCAAUGUUGUGCUACUGCACAUCUCCUCCUCCCAACUCCACUUUCACUGAUGUCAUCUUGGAAGCUUGAAAUUGGCCAUGGAGGGAGCGUGUACACCAGGGAAGCUGACAAUCACUACAAACCAGGGCUGGCUUGUUUCACUGAAUGUGUAGGCUUUAGAAAUUGAUGAACACUGUGUUAAGAAAGCAGAUUAUCCUAAAAAGUGUAUAAUGUCUAUGGCUGUUACAUUAUGAAUAGCACAAAACAUUGAGGAUAUAUCCUUCAGUACUCAAAAACAAUUAUAUACUGCUCAGUGUUCCCUCGAAAUUCACAUAUGAAGCCUUAACCCCACUGUGACAGUACUUGGAGUUAGUGCAUUUAAAGAGAUAAUUAAAGUUAAAUGAGACCAUAAGGGUGAGGUUUUAAUACAGUAUAACUACUGUUUUUAUAAUUAAAGGAAAAGACACCAGGGAAGCAGGCACACAGAGAAAAGGCCAUGUGAAGACACAGCCAGAAGGUGUCCAUCCUCAAGCGAAGGAGAGCUGCCUCAGGAGAAAACCUUGAUGGCAUCUUGAUCUUGGUCUUCUGGCUUGCAGAUCAGAUUCCUCUAUGCAUACAUGUAUAGAGAGAGCAAGCUCUCUGAUGUCGCUUCCUUUUCUCAUAAGGACACUAGUCCUGUCACAUCAGGCCUCAUUUAAUGUUAAUUACCUCCUUUUGGGCCUUAUCUUCAAAUAUAGUCAAAUUGGGCAUUAGGGCUUCAAAUAAGAAUGGUGGGGUGGGGGGAGGGGUGAGAUAAUUCAGUCUACACACUGUGUUGUCUUGGGUGAAGGCCUUCACCCCGUGUGAACAUUCUGAUGUCUUAGGAAACUGUAGUUUGUAGGCAAAGGACUUCCUACAUUCACUGCAUUCAUAAGGCCUUUUUCCAGUGUGAACUCUGUGAUGUUCUAGGAGUAAAAAAUCUGCAAGUUUCCCACACUCACUGCAAUUGCCUUUCUCCAGUAGGCAUUCUCUGGUGUUCAGUUAGGUUGGAAGAUUGACUAAAUGAUUGUCCACAUUCACUGCACACAUAAGGACUUUCUCCAGUGUGAACUCUAAUGUCUUAUGAGGCUGUUCUUGGUGCUGUAUAAUUUGCCACAUAUAUCACACUUGUGAGGUCUUACUCGAGUGUGAACACACUGGUGAUGGAAGAGACUGGAGCUGUAGGCAAAAAAUUUCCCACACUCAGUGCACUCAUAAGGUCUUUCCCCGGUGUGAAUUCUCUGAUGUUGAAGGAACACAAAUCUUAUGCAAAAGAAUUUCCUACAUGUUUUGUAUUUGUAUGGCCUUUGUCCAGUAUGAACUCUCCAGUGUUUUAUGAGGCUGGAGGAUUGAUCCUUCUCCAGUGUGUGAACUCUCCAGUGUUUAAUGAGGCUUUGUUUACUGCUAUAUAAUUUGCCACAGUCAUCACACUUGUGAGGUCUUGAUAAUUGUGAACUCUGGUUUUGGAAGAGACUAGCUGCAGGCAAAGAAUUUCCCACACUCACUGCACUCAUAAGGGCUUUCUCCAGUGUGAACUAUCUGGUGUUUAAUGAGGUCAGAUCUGUGGUGAAAGGAUUUCCCACAUUCCCCACACUCAUAAGGCUUAUCUCCAAUGUGAAUUCUCUGGUGUGAAAUGAGGCCAGAUAAUGUAGCUAAAGGAACUCCCACGUUUACUACACUCAUGGCCUUUCUCCAGUACAAACUCUCCAAUAUAUAAUGAGGUUGGACUUUCUGCUAAAUAAAUUUCCACAUUCAUCACAUUUGUGAGGUUUUACUCCAGUGAACUUUCUGGUGUUGGAAGAGGUCAACACUUUGACUAAAGGAUUUCCACAUUCCCCACACUCAGAAGGUUUUUCUCCAGUGUGAACUCUCCAAGGGACAGUGAGGUUACCACUUUUGCUGAAAGAUUUCCCACUUCACUGCACGUCACAUCUUUCUCUAGUGAAGUCUGGUGCUGAACAAGUAUGUGUGGCUGAGAGUUUUUUGCAAUCUCCCCAGGUGGAAAGAGUUUUUACACUGAAAGGCUGUGCCACACUCAGCUCCACAGUUUGACUUCUCUCUGUGUUAGGGGCUUGUUGGUGGAGAAACCCCAAGCUGGUCAAGAUAGCUUUUGUAACCUCCUGGUAGGCAAAGGGUUUCUGUGAUACAUGGAAUUUGCAGGCUACAUGGAAAAACAAGGCUCUCCACACCCUAAUUCUGAAGUGUUUCUAAUGUGCUGUUUCUGGUGCUGAUGAAGAUUUACAGUGAAAUAGAAUCGUUUCUCACACGCCCAACAUGUGUAUAGUUUCUGCCCAUGAUGUGUUCUCUGGUGGUCAUCCAAGCACAAAAUGUUUCUCAGAACUAGGCCACACAUCUCACAGGGCCUUCUGGGGAGAUGGAGCAGUCUUAGGAGUCACAUGCAACACUCCUUGUACAGAAACACUCUGUUCAAAAGACAAGUCCUCAUCCUCCACUCUAUGCAGACAACCUGAAAGCAGGGAAAUGCUGAUGUGCAUGUGGGCAUUGGUGGGAGGGGGUGACAUGCACACAAAUGUGUGUGUGACAAAUCCAGGAAUGAGUCCAUGGGUUGUUUCCAGGAGCAGGGAGUUGGUUCAGAGUGAGUGUUGGGCUGCAUAGUAGUAUAGCCCCAUAAAGAUUAGGGAGGCUUCCUAAGGUGAAAGAUACAACCAUCAACCAUGAGGUGUGACACAGGGAGGAGAGGUUUGUUUACUAUUCAUUCCUCUGCAAACAACAUUCUGCAAGAUUUUGUCUGCUGUUCCCAUGUGAGCACUGUGUUGAAGGGCAUAUCUAGGUACCAGCACAUUUGACUGCCACUUAGAAGCUGGUAUUCAAGGACUGUUUAAGAAUAUGUGCACACCUCAUGACACAACAUGUAGAGAUUAAUGCUGGAAAGCACUGCAGAUGGAACAGUGAGAAAGAAGGGUGAGACCCAGAAUCCAAAGACAUGAGGAUUAGCCCCGGGCUGGAAGUAAGAGUAGAAAUGACUAGUAGUAGAAUUGACAAGUCAGCAGAGUGUCAAGAAUGCAGAAGGAAAGGCAAAAAUGGGGUGUGGGCUUGGUGAUGGCACCAAAACACUCGUGAAACAGAAUAGGCUUCUGGUAUGAUUUCUACACGGUCCUGACGUCAUGUCUGC